AGAAGUCACGUGAUUCACUCGGUCACGUGUCCUUUUCUGCACCAAACCAAGCUUUGAAGCAGCGGUUUAAGUAAAACGCUGCUUCGAGUUUGAAUCUUUAUCGGAGAAUCUGUGUCAGACAGUCAUCACUACUCUAAGACGGGAGUCAGCUUUCAUCGUUCACACAUAAGAUCCCGAUAAAGUCCACUCGUUUGCGACUGAAAGCAUCACAAAUUUUAAUACAGAUCUAUAAAACAUCUGCAUGGACCUCUCUCGAUCAGCGUGAUACGGUCAUCUUCGAGCGUAUGUUUUACUGAUCUGUGACGUAUAUAUUAAGUGCGUGAGUGCACAUUUGUGACCUGUACGUAAGCAGCCUGCAGCUUAGUUUAGUCCAAACAUGUUUAUCGACGGGUUACAAUGGCGAACCCACGUAAGAUGCGGCACGGCAGAGUGGCCUGUCGUUAGCUCUUAGCGUAACUUUAAUCUACUUGAAAUGGGUGAACACGCCUAUAUUUCACGACGCUGGCAGUUGAAGUAGAGAUGGGCACGAUGGGGGAACGGGUCGUCGGUGGCCCCGUGGUUGCAAUUUCUCCAGUGCAGCAGAUGCUGGCCUCUGGCACUGGAGCCCUUCUGACGGCUGUAUUUGUCACACCGCUGGACGUUGUGAAAAUCCGGCUGCAGGCUCAGCAAACACCGUUCCACCAAGCUUUAGCCUGUGAAUCUGCUCCAUGGGGUGGCGUCAUUCGCCCUUCAAAGUGGAAGUGCUUCCUGUAUUGUAACGGACUGAUGGAUCACAUCUAUGUUUGUCAGAACAGAACCAGUUCCACCAGCUGGUAUAAAACAUCAACACAUUUCAGUGGGACUCUUGAUGCUUUUGUGAAAAUCGCUCGCUAUGAAGGACUCAGGUCUUUGUGGAGCGGGUUGCCGCCAACACUGGUCAUGGCAGUACCUGCCACUGUCAUCUACUUCACCUGCUACGACCAGCUGCGGGACUUUCUGAGAUACAGUCUGGGUUUUCAGGGCACCCAUAUCCCCCUUGUUGCUGGUGCUCUGGCCAGAUUGGGUGCUGUGACAGUGAUCAGCCCUCUGGAGCUGUUCAGGACUAAGAUGCAGUCUAGUCGGCUGUCGUACAGUGAGCUGCGAGUGUGUGUCCGCUCUGCCGUGGCUCAGGAUGGCCUGCUGUCACUGUGGAGGGGCUGGGGACCCACUGUUCUCAGAGACGUGCCCUUCUCUGCUUUGUACUGGUUUAACUAUGAACUGGUCAAGUCCCAGCUGUGUGAACAGUCCCAGUUGCCUCAGGCCAACUUCUCCAUCAGCUUUACUGCAGGAGCUGUCUCUGGAGCUAUUGCUGCAAUCCUGACACUGCCUUUUGACGUGGUGAAGACAAGAAGACAGAUCCAGCUGGGGGAGAUGGAUACACUGGGAGUUUCCUUAAAGAAAACGACAUCCACAUGGCACAUAAUGAAGCAAAUAUGGGCCGAGUUGGGCUACAGGGGCCUUUUUGCAGGUUUUAUGCCCAGGGUGAUCAAAGUGGCCCCGGCCUGUGCUGUUAUGAUAAGCUCCUAUGAAUUUGGAAAGGCCUUCUUCCAGAAGAGGAACCUUGACCGAGAGCGACUGGGAUCCUGAAGGUUGUUUUGUGAGGCACUGGGGGUUUCUCAGUGGCAGAAGCACAUGCAGGUGUUACAUCAGGGCAGCUGGGACAAAGUCUCCUCAAUCUAGAGGAACAGAUGGGCCUAGAGCUGAUUUAUUGUGAACAUUGAAAAAGAGGAUUCAUGCACAUAUCAGGACAAUUGCUCCCUGCCAGUCUUUUUUUUCUUUUCUUUUCUUUUCUUGAAUUGUUAACUCGCACUGUGAUAAACCUUGAGACACACCUAAUCCUUGCCCACAAUAAGGAGCUUGAACAGCACACCUGGAUAUUGAAGGGCACUGGGACCACAGACUUGGUGUGCAUAGAUGAGUUUAGUUUUUACAGGUAUCUUAAAAAGAGGAUGUCAUUUCAGCGUGGCAUGAAAGUCGCAGGUUUAAUAUCAGCUGUCCUUGAUGGAGACACUGACUGCUCACUGUCCUGACAAGGCAGUCGGUGUCAUCUGUUGAAAUGAUGGAACUGUGGAUCUAUGCAGAACAGUGGUGUGUAAGGUUCAGUACUUGGUAGGAAAUUUCAAACCCACUGCAAUUGCAUCAGUACUGUAGGAGUCAGAGGAUAUGUUCUCAUUUAUGUUUUGUAUUGCCUGAGACAAAAUGCAUGGUGUGUAUAGCCACAUUCAAUACAGAAGCUAGUUAAUACAUUUGUCCCUCCUGCAUUCCUGUAGCAGUAACAUAUGACACUUAUUUACUGAGGAGAUGCCUGACAUAUCUGUUUUGUCUGCAGGUUAGAGCUGGCCACAUACAAACCAUACAUUUUGAACAAGAUUUGUGAAAUGAAAUUAUAAAGUUAUGGCUUUGUUUAUUGGA